AGAGAGAGGGAGAGGAUAUAGGGCAGGCAUCAAACGGGGGUUUGGCUACAGACUGGUCGGCAUCCUUUUUCACAACCUCGGUCGCUUCAGACAUCAGGUCCAGAGGAGAGUUGGUGAAGACGUUCAGCGUAACGACAGAGGAAGAGGACACUGAGACACCCAGAGAUCCCAGGCUUGGUGGCUACAUGCUCAGUUCUCUUUGGUUUUGAGAAGAACAACUACACCAACCAGGAAUCAUGGAUUUUGUGAUGAAACAAGCUUUAGGUGGGGCCACCAAAGACAUGGGGAAGAUGCUCGGUGGAGAGGAGGAGAAGGACCCUGACGCAGCCAAAAAGGAAGAGGAGCGACAGGAGGCUCUGAGGCAGCAGGAGGAGGAGAGGAAGGCCAAACACACCAAAAUGGAGGCAGAGAGGGAGAAAGUACGGCAGACCAUCAGAGACAAGUAUGGGCUGAAGAAGAAGGAGGAGAAGGAGGCAGAGGAGAAAGCAGCCAUGGAGCAGGCCUGUGAGGGGUCACUGACGCGCCCGAAGAAGGCGAUCCCACGGGGCUGUGGAGACGACGAAGAAGAAGACGAGGAGAGCAUCCUCGACACUGUCCUUAAGUUUCUGCCUGGACCUCUACAGGACAUGUUCAAGAAGUAAAGAAAAAAAAAACGACAACAUAGAAAUCAAAAGAACCCUAAAAAUCAGGGUCCAGUCCGGUCUGGGCUGGGCUGCAGGGAAUUGGAAGCAGGGAUCUUUGUGUGGGACUUUGGGUGGACAGGGUUGAGUGAAGGUUUGGGGAAAAGCGACAACAAGGGUCAAUUUGGGUUAAGAGACCGGUAGGAUUUUAGAAGUUGUAGGAAGAAAAAAAAUUGGGAGGGGGGUUGGGGUUCUUGCCAAACUGUUAGAGGCUGCACACUGCCUUUCUAGAAAUCGUUUACUUUGUUCUUUUCUACUCCUCGACGACUCUUCCCUUUUUAAUUAUUUACCACAGUUGCUGUACAACCUUCAACUGCCACUUAGCACAUUUCUACAAUAAGUACAUUUGAUGCCCUAGUUGUUAUUUUUACACAGACAUUUUGAUUGGUUGGCCAUCAUCUGGCGAUGGUGACCAAUAGAGACCAGUAUUCCCUUAAAGAAUGGCCCUUUCUUCUGUGGUCAUGUUUUCCAGUAGAUGGAGCAUGUUGUGUUUACUUCAAUGGGUGUUUUCUACUUUUAUGAACCUGGUUUAAGUCUUUAUAUUGUAAAAAGAAUAAAUGAAUCAACGUUUGAGUUUUUAGGACAUGUGCCUUCAUAUCAUCUCCUCCAGCAGAGGAAUUGUCAAUGAGGGUUUCAUUCAAACAAGUGAACAAAUGUUGGUAUUGUGUAGGAUACAACAUUGCACACUUUUGGAAUAAUGUGUUUGAUCUAAAGUUGGAUUGUUGGGAUAUUUGGGGAUUUCCAGAAGCAAGUGCUCAAACCAGAAACUUCUGGAAAUCCAAGACAGCCAGAGAGGCCAUAAAACUAUUAAGAAACAAAAAAAACCUUACAAAGCGUUGCGUUUCCGAAGAACUGUUUGCUGAUGCAAAAAAAAAGUUUUAAUUUCCCUUCUACUUCGAAAUCUAAUUUUACAAAAGCUAUCCUUGUGAAACCAGUCAGCUAGCGAGACCGCCAUCAUGCAAGAAAUGUAAAAUUUAAGUUAUUGGAUGUGUCAAAAACUCAAGUUGUUAUCCAUCCAAUCAGCCAAGGCUCAUCUUACCUGCUUUAAAUCUACAAUAUGUCCAGAAUUACACAAAGCUCACACCAAACCAUUGUGAUUUAAGUUUAGUGUGGUCCUCAUAGACAAUCAAAGCAUUAACACACAGAAACAGUGGGGUUAGCCGGUACUUUAUAUGUUGUCACCUCCUGUCUCAUCAUCUAAAACGUUGGUUCUUUCUCUCACAUUUAUUUAACUGGUUGCCAUCAAGUAACUCUUUUUUUUAAAACACUUAUUCACAUUUUUAUUCUCCAUAUUUGUAUACAUAAAUGCAAAUACCAGGCAAUUUAUUUUGUACAUAUUUUUUUACUUUCUGUGAAUGUGCUGCCAACUUAUUCCAAUGCUACUGCAAAUGUGCAACCCUUCAUCUUUUCACAUGUUCGUUUAACUUGAUCAAUUUCAUCAACAUUAAGACCAAAGAAAUACUGGUGAGACCUUACUAUUUCUUUUGUCAACGCCAAUAUAGAAGACCUGCAUGCUGGGGGGUUUAUGGUUCUUGCGAGGUCUGCUGGAAAAAACACAACAGCCUGUUCAGUAAGUGCAUGCAUCCCAAAGACCACCGCGAAGCUAUGAAGACGAUCCUAUUUCCUUAAAAGUAUUCUCUGGCUCAAUAAACCUAGAACACUGUAGACGGAGCCUUAGAAAACCUGUGUGUGAGUUGUUGCACUUCACUGCCUGAAGAGCUCAUUCAGAGAGCUGCAUCUCUUAAUCCAACGCAAAGUCAAGACUGUUCUCACUCUGUACUCUGAGGAUAUGGCAGCAUGGCCAGUUGCCCCGACACUUCAAAAUAGGAGUUAAACGGUGGACACAUUAUGAGAUAAUCAGGACGAUUUUGGGCCUGAUUCCCCAACUUCCAACAAAAUAAAGUGAAGUCUAGAUUUUGCCUUCUGUCAGGUCCACCUGUCAGUCAACUCGUAAGUAUGCAAAAAUGUAUGAAUAACUCCUAGGCUUAAUAAAAUCAAAUCAGAUGCAUCAUAACCCCCCUCCUGUAAAGUGUGUACCAGUAAGGAUGCAGGUGGAGACUUAACAUAGGACUUAAUGGGAAUUCCUUUGCUUUUGCAUUCAGCCCCAAGUGGACACUAAUGGAACUGCACUUUGUUGCACUUCCGCCAUUGGCUUCUAUUUUCAACCAAUUUGGGGUCCUCUGACCAACCUGCCAUAUUUGAUGAGUUGAGAGUGAGAACUUGCUGAAGAAAUCAUAGUGAUUUUUGAUCGCGUUUAAGUAGUUGUACUGUUAAUGAAAACCACGUCUCUUUAGUGAUACUACCUUCAUAAAUGGAUAUUUCAAGAUAAAACAAAGCAUGUUGGUGAUAUCUAUCGAUAAUGAUCGGGUGGCUUUUCAGUUAUGCAGCAAUGUACGAUUACAACAUUGUUCCGUGAGUUUGUUACUUAAAAUAUCUUUAAGGAUUUAUUAUGACUUAUGAGGAAGUUGUGAAAAAUAUGUUUCUUUUUUCUUUUCUUUUUUAGCUCAGAUAGGACUUUUCACUAGACAAAGCCAUAUCGUUUAGAUUGCAAUAAUUACUUAAAGUUAUGAAAAAUGUCAACAGUGAAAGUUAAGUGUCUUUUAUUUUUUCUGUGUUUAAAAACUGAACAUCUGUUUGUAAAUCCUCACCAUUCUUAUAUCUUGAAAUAUGUAUACUAAUGUUUACACAAGGGAAACGUCUGUAGAAAAGAAGCCAUUGUUAUAUCUGUCUCAGUGUUUUACAUGUGUACGGUAAGUGUGUGUGUGUUUAUAUGUGUGUGUGUCUUUCUAUGUGUCUGUGCUCUUAGACCAUGUUAUUGACUCAUAUAGUCCUGGUUUAUGCUACGUAAAUGUGUCUUUGAUCUAUUUUGUGCACAGGCAGACACUGGGGCAGCUCCCUAAUUGUGCCACGUCUAAAAAAAAAACGUAAAAAAAAAGAAAUACUUAACACAUUCCUUUCAAAUGUUGAGCAUGCAAAUGUUUGGUAGAAAAGAGAGAGUACACUAAAUGUCAAAAAGCCAAAAAAAAAAAAGAUGAUUUCCUGUUUCUGUGGGAGUCUCCAGGCAACAGAAUUUGUGCGUUGGAUCCAGAUAUAUCAGCUUAGUGAUUGGCUUGUUGAGUGUUCAAUGUUCUUUGUUGUCUGAGGUUUGGUGAAGCUUAAGGCCAUGAUCACUGAGGAGCUUUAAUAUUCUGUCCACAUGACUAACCAAAGUCAAGCUGUGGUUAAUUAUGUUUUCAGUUGUAGGAGCGAAAUGUAAAAAAUCUCCCAAAAACCUGCGUUUUAUGGGAAAAAAAUGGAACUCAUUUUUGAAGCGGGUUAUGAAACAGUCUGAAAUUAUAAUUAAUGCCUCUACAUGUCUCACAAAUGAGACCAUCAGCAACAGGGUUGACUAUUUCUAUAUUGUUAUUUCCAGAUAUUGCUGCCCGGGGGGGUUUGGUGUCAGAUGAUGCGAUUAUCAACAAGCUGUCAAAUCAGCUUUCUUUAAAAGCCAAAGAUUCAUUUUGAGUCACAUGCUGGACAUUUAAAAUAGAGAAGGAUGAUUUUAUGUUAGAAAACAUCAUUGUUACAUAGACAGGACAAGACCAGCAAAUAAAUAAAUCAACUAGUAUGUCCACAGGCCAAAAUCAAUCAAACCCAAAAGCUCCUCAUUGGAGAGACCGAAUCAUGUUUCACAGCCAAAGUUCUAAAUCGAGUCAAUUGUUCCUCCCAUUCAUAAAACUUUAUGCAUGGCAAACAUUUAUAAAUACUGCAAACCACAAGUUAGAAUCAGUUGGAUUGGUUCAGUUUGGACCACUCUGCCUGUCAAUGAGAGUCAAAGACCUCCAUCAACAUCUACUCCUGCUCUGUUAAAUACCAACAUACUGCUAAACAUCGCAUGUAUCCUGAUGCCCUGACAUACAAUGACUAGCUCGUGCCUAUUUACCAAGUAGCAGUGCUUUUUAACGCAAUGGAAAUUUGAAAUUUAAAAAAAAGACAGUCAAUGUUGUAAAAUGAUUGCUACCUUCUGGUUUAAAAUAAUUUGCUGGACUAAGUGAUCUGAACCAUAAUUUUCUUGCGUCAAACGGUCUAUCAGUCAAUCUUACUUGUAAAGCGCCAUUUCUUUACAAAUGUUAUCUCAAGACACUUUACAAAAAGAGCAGGUCUAUACUGUACUUUGUCAUUAUUUAUAGAGAACCAACCUUAAUCCAUCAUGAGGAAAGCACUUGGUAACAUUCAGCUAAGUCACAGUGUCAGGUAAAAAAACAUCUUUUAACCUCGAGCUGAACCAGACUCAUGUUGAACAGCCAUCUGCUGGGACUGGUGUAAGCUUCCACCUCUGUGAUCAUGGCCUUAAGACAAGAACUCUGACAUUAAUGAAAGGCUUUUUAAAAGGAAAUAGGGGACGUGCAAUUUAGGAAAGGACAGAUACUUCGACUAAAAUAGUUCCUGUUUUGAUAUCUUGUUGUAAUACUUCAUGUCAAGUCAAAACUCACCAUGCACAGUACCGUGUCUCUAAAUAAGACCAACCAUUAGACAUUUUUAUAGUUACUUUGCUCAUCCUCAUUAACAAAAAAACACCCAUGAUGUAAUGCAUGAGAUUCAAGUAGUGCUAAACUUCAGAUCUUUUUAAAAAAGUGUGCGAGAAUCCCUUUUAUUUAUUUAAACUACAUUAACACAAGGGUUAUUAGAAUUCCUGCUACCCCCAAUAGGCCAGGCCAGUUCCACAUGUAUCUGUUUCCCUCCAUGGAAACUACAGCCAUACAUCCUCUGUAUGUAAACUAGUCUCUCACUGGGACUCAUCUCAAGGCGUCACUGCAUGUGAACUGCCUUUGAAAAGGGCUAUUACCACGUCAUCAGUGUGUGAGGUCAGUGCUAACUCAUCUCUCCGGUCUGUGCUUGUCUUAAUGUAAUAUGUGGUUGCAUGAGAUACUUCAGUGUUUGUGGAGCCGUGGCUUUCAUUGUAGAUAAAUCUUGGGGUUGAUAGAUGAUAGUAUAAAUCGGAGGUUUUUACCAAAAAAAUGAUAAUUUUACAUUGAGUAUACAAACUGUAUAUUUUCCUAAAAUAAAUAUAAGCGGCUGAAUGAGAUCAUUAAAAGUUUAGACGAAGACAUGAAGGCCUCAAAGACAUUUAACAACAACGUCAAAAUCCUGGCUAGUGCAUCUUACAAAUGGGGAAACCCAAGCUGAAAAAACUGAAUUAUCAAAGCAUCUUCUGUUGUCAGGAACUCAAGGUAUUGAGAAACAGGCUUGGCUUGCAACUGCCUUUCAAAAACCACAGUUUACAAAGCAAAUGUUCUCCAUUUAGAUAUGUGAUGUUCCCCAUGAAUAUUACAACACUAAAGGAUUACUACGGGAGGUGUGCAAAAAUAAAUGUUGUACAUGUUUACUGCAUAGAUCUAUCUUUAAUGAAAUAUCUAUAGAAAGAACAUGUUUAGAGUCGUCCGACUCCAAACAAAGCUUGACUUAUUUUCUCUGAACACUGUAACAAUGUCCUGAGAUUUCACUUCUUUUUCGACAUCUUUAUAUAAACAAUGGGAUAUUAUUGUCACUGCCCAGCUGACUCCUGCCAGUAAACACAGAAGUGGAAGUAAACGUGUUUCACUUUGGGAUUAUUUCACCCAAGACUGAAGGUUUAGAAGCUCGUCUCUUGCCACAUUUUCUUUCCCUUCUGUGGAAGUCAAGGUUUUCGCAGAGCUCUCAUUUGCUGAGCUCAUUGGCGGCACUGUUACUGUGAAAAGAAACUCUCUGAAUACAUUCCAGUCUCUUUGCACUAGAAAACGUCCAAAUAUUACACUAACAAUAGUUAUGACAUCUUAAGACUCACCUUUAUCCACUACCUUUUUUUUUUCUUUGAUACACCAACCCUCUAAAAGUUGAAAGCUAAGAGAGAUAAAAGGUUUACCGAUUGACUUUAAGUUGGUCAUUUGUUCACAAGUUGGGGAUGUUCAUUAGUUUGCAGAUGAUGUGAUUCUCUUUAUUUCACUGAAUUAUCUCUCAUCGCUGUCUCUGGUAAACAAUGGACACACCAAAACGUGUUUUUUUAAAUGAAUUUCUGAAUCAAGAGGGUCUGUCUUUUUUUAAUUCAGGGUGAAAAUCAUUUCAGGGUGCAUAGGUUAAGAAUGUAAAAUAUGAAUUCUUAUGCUAUUCUUUCCUUACUUGCAUGUCAUAUACUCUAUGUGGAGCCCAAUCACUGUAAAACUGUGUCAUCGAUAAAACCGAAAUCAUUCUUUUUGGAAACUAAAUGCAUUACACUAAUAAAAAAAUAGGUUUAUAAAAAGUUA